UUCUUCGGUGUUCUCAUGGCUGCCAUGAACCUGGGCCAGGCCUCGCCCUGUCUAGAGGCUUUUGCCUCAGGCCGAGCUGCUGCAAAGAGCAUCUUCGACACUAUUGACAGGGAACCAGAAAUUAACUGUUUCUCUGAAGAUGGGCACAAAUUAGAGAAGGUCAAAGGUGACAUCGAAUUUCACAGUGUCACAUUUAACUAUCCGUCACGACCAGAAAUCAAGACAUUAGAUGAUUUGAACCUGCUGGUCAAAGCAGGAGAAACCACAGCUUUUGUUGGACCAAGCGGAUCCGGAAAGAGCACUGUCAUCCAGCUCAUCCAGAGAUUCUACAACCCAGAGGAAGGCAUGGUGACCCUAGAUGGCCAUGAUAUCCGGGGACUGAACAUCCAGUGGCUCCGCUCUCUGAUUGGAAUCGUGGAGCAGGAGCCUGUGCUGUUCGCCACCACCAUUGCAGAGAACAUCUGCUUUGGCAGGCCAGGCGUGUCCAUGGAGGACAUUGUGAAGGCAACCAAGGAGGCCAAUGCCUACAACUUCAUCAUGGACUUGCCCCAGAAAUUUGAGACCCUUGUGGGAGAAGGAGGGGGUCAGAUGAGCGGAGGGCAGAAGCAGAGGAUAGCCAUCGCUCGAGCCCUGGUCAGGAACCCCAGAAUAUUGCUGCUGGACAUGGCCACUUCUGCCCUGGACAACGAGAGUGAGGCUGUGGUACAGGCGGCGCUAGAUAAGGCUCGCUUGGGUCGAACAACCAUCUCCAUCACCCACCGCCUAUCCACCAUCCACAAUGCAGAUGUCAUCAUUGGCUUUGAGCAUGGCAGGGCAGUUGAGAGAGGCUCUCACAGUGAGCUACUGGUCAGGAAGGGCGUGUACUUCACCUUAGUCACACUGCAGAACCAAGGUCAUGACGCAUCCAAAGACAGGACAAAGCAGACUCCUGAGAGCGAAACUGUUGAAGAACCAGGCAUUGAGAGAAUGGGCAGUUUCAGAAAUGUGAAUUAUGGACCAGAACGCAGGUCUCUGCGUCUGAGAUCCCACUCCCAGCUGUCCCAGAGUUACCCUCCCGAUGCUAUAUCUGGAAGCGUCCAAAUUGAUUCUCAUAGCUUCAGUCAAAAUAUGGAUACCGAGAGAGCAAAACAGAAGAUAGUGGAAGAUGAAGGGGAAGAACACAUCGAGUCGGCACCAGUGGCACGGAUUCUGAGGUACAACAGGUCCGAAUGGCCCUACAUGCUGCUGGGUUCUAUAGGCGCUGGAAUAAACGGAGCGGUCAAUCCCAUCUACGCCAUAUUAUUCAGUCAGAUCCUUGGGACAUUUUCCAUCCAGGAUCUUAAUGAGCAAAGGAAUCAGAUUGAUGGAAUAUGUGUGCUGUUUGUCCUCAUUGCCAUCGUGAGCUUCUUCUCUCAGUUUCUACAGGGCUAUGCUUUUGGGAUGUCAGGGGAGCUGUUGACAAGGAAACUGAGGAAACUCGGAUUCCAGGCCAUGCUGAGGCAGGAGGUUGGGUGGUUUGACGACCCCAUGAACAGCCCUGGAGCUCUCACUACCAGGCUGGCCACGGAUGCAUCCAUGGUCCAAGGGGCGACAGGGUCACAGAUCGGAAUGAUUGUCAACUCCUUGACCAGUAUUGGAGCAUCUUUUAUCAUAGCGUUCUACUUUAGCUGGAAGCUAACCCUAGUGGUCAGUUGCUUUCUGCCGCUAAUUGGAUUGUCAGGGGUGUUCCAGGCCAAAAUGCUGACAGGUUUUGCAAAUGAAGAUAAGAAGGCCAUGGAGGCAGCAGGUCAGGUUUCCAGUGAAGCUCUGGCCAACAUUAGGACGAUUGCUGGGUUAGCCAAGGAGAAAACAUUUGUGGAUCUAUACGAGCAGCAACUGGAGGCUCCAUAUCGAGCGGCUAAGAAGAAGGCCAACGUAUAUGCCAUCUGCUUUGCAUUUGCACAGUGUGUAAUCUUUAUGGCAUAUGCAGGCUCCUUUCGAUACGGCGGCUAUCUUGUGACCAAUGAGGGAUUACAUUACAUGUUUGUGUUCAGAGUGAUCUCUGCCAUUGUAAUCAGUGGCACAGCCCUGGGACGAGCCUCCUCCUUCACCCCAGAUUAUGCCAAGGCCAAGAUAGCGGCAACACAGCUCUUUAAACUUCUGGACAGAGUCCCUAAAAUCAGCAUGAACCAGACUGAGGGAGAGACAUGGGAUACAUUCAAGGGAAAGGUCGAGUUCAUUGACUGCAAGUUCACGUACCCGACCCGCCCGGACAUCCAGGUGCUGAACGGUCUGACGGUGUCGGUGAAGCCUGGCCAAACUCUGGCCUUUGUGGGCAGCAGUGGCUGUGGAAAAAGCACCAGUGUCCAGCUGCUGGAGAGGUUCUAUGACCCUGACCAUGGCACUGUGCUCAUAGAUGGCCAUAGCUCUUUACGUGUCAAUGUGCCUUUCCUGAGGUCACAGAUUGGCAUUGUCUCCCAAGAGCCGGUGCUCUUUGACUGCAGUAUCGCUGAGAAUAUCCAGUACGGAGACAACACACGAACCGUCAGCAUGGAGGAAACCAUCGAGGCAGCAAAGAAAGCUUACCUGCAUGAUUUCGUGAUGAGUUUACCAAAUAAAUAUGAGACUCAGGUCGGAGCUCAGGGUUCGCAGCUGUCGCGGGGGCAGAAGCAGAGGAUAGCCAUCGCUCGCGCCAUCGUCAGGAACCCCAAAAUUCUGCUGCUGGACGAAGCCACCUCGGCGCUGGACACAGAGAGCGAGAAGACAGUGCAAGCCGCCCUUGAUGAGGCCAGGCAGGGCCGCACAUGCAUUGUCAUAGCCCACAGACUGUCCACCAUCCAGACGGCAGACAUCAUAGCUGUCAUGUCGCAGGGAGCCAUCAUCGAACAAGGGAUGCACGAAGAACUCAUGGCCAAGAAGGGCGCCUACUACAAGCUGGUUACAACAGGGGCACCCAUCAGUUAGACAGAGAUAAAUGUAAUGAAUUUAUGAAAUGUCUGGAUUGGUUUGCAUAGUAUAAGCACUGAAAAUACUGUUUUUACUUUUACUCAAUCAAUCAAUCAAUCAAAUUUUAUUUGUAUAGCAUAUUUUACA